AUGGACGGAACCAAUGACAGCACCCAGAGCCAUUUCAUCCUUCUGGGGUUUCCUGACCGCCCCCAUCUGGAGAGGGGGAUCCUCUUUGUGGUCAUCUUGAUAGCAUAUCUCCUGACCCUUCUGGGCAACACCACCAUCAUCCUGGUGUCCCGGCUGGACCCUCACCUGCACACUCCAAUGUACUUCUUCCUCACCCACCUGUCUUUUCUGGACCUCAGUUUCACCACCCACUCCAUUCCUCAGCUGAUCUAUAAUCUUCAUGGACAGGACAAGACCAUCAGCUACACAGGCUGUGCCAUCCAGCUCUUCCUGUUCCUGGGACUUGGUGGGUGCCUGCUCCUGGCCGUCAUGGCCUAUGACCGGUUUGUGGCUGUCUGCAAGCCCCUGCACCACAUGGUGGUCAUGAAUCCGAGGCUCUGCCUGGGCUUGGUGUCAGUGGCCUGGGACUGUGGGGUGGCCAACUCUUUGAUCAUGUCUCCAGUGACCCUGAGCUUACCCUGGUCGUCAGGGAGGCAAAAGGCCUUCAACACCUGUGGCUCCCAUCUCACCGUGGUCUCACUUUUCUAUGGAAACAUCAUCUACAUGUACAUGCCACCAGGCAACAACUCCUCCCAGGACCAGGGCAAGUUCCUCACCCUCUUCUACAACAUCGUCACCCCACUCCUCAAUCCUCUCAUCUAUACCCUCAGAAACAAAGAGGUGAAGGGUGCGUUGAGAAGGCUGCUGCUGGGUAACAGAGAGCAUUCUGGAUGCUUUCAUCAGAAUACCAAUAUGGCUAUCCCUGCUGCUGACAUAGACCAAGUGCAUCUCUUACCUGACAGCUGUCAAACAUUGGAAUUCUUCACGGUUUGGUAUUUUCUGUUUCCCAAUUUCCCACCCAAAACUUUUCAUCAAAUCAUACAG